GGGGGGGCGGCGCCUCCAGCGGCUCCAGGCGGGACAGCAGAGUUAUCGCUGCUCGCUCAGGGCAGCGGCGCGACGAGCCGCCCCUUCGAUGUGAGGGAGGCGCGCGAUUCCUGAAGAAGAAAUCCCAGGUCCUUCCGCAGAGGAGGGAAAAAGAAAAUGAGCGAGUCGGAGAGCGUCAACUUCAGGCGAAUGGCCAUCCGGAGGAAAUCCAGUCCCAGCCUACAGAGCUCCGCUUUGGUCUUUGCCGCCGCUCCCCCUGCUCAGCGUUGCCCGGAGUGGAGGAGAGACGCUACGAGGGAGGCGGCAGGUGGCAGUACAUGUCCAAAGAUCUUCAUAACUGUGCCUUGCGGUGCAAGCAGCACAGGAAGCAGUACAUCUAAGCUAUUUGAGCCGAACAUCUGCAAUGAAGUGGCUCAGGGAAUAAAUGGAAACGUGCCAGUUAAGCACUCGCCACGCCCAAAUCCAAAGCCACAAGUGCCUCCAAAGCCAUUACAUCUGCAAAAUUCACAGUCAUCUAUUCCCCACCAAACCCCUAGACAUAAAGUUUUAUAUACUGCGAAGGAAAGAAUGGAGGAAGUUACAUCUACCUCUUCUUGUGUAUCAAAAGAGAAAACUAGUAAAGUGUCUGAUCUCAUCAGUCAUUUUGAAGGAGGCAGCCCAUCCAAUCUUAGUGAGCUGAAAAAGGAGCCCUGUGUUAUCAGUGUUGUUAGAUCUCAAGGAAAGCAUGGGUUGACAUCAUCACCUCAGCCAAAAUUCCUCACCCAACACCCACUACAAAAGCAGGGAAAUAAUACAGAUCAAUCUCAGGAUGUACGGAAUUGCACGACCAACGGAGUAGUAGCACAGAACCGGUUGGAAUGCAGGGACAGCAGGUUGCCAGUUCGUAAUGACAGUACGACCUCUCAAAAUGAAGAUGCUGCAUCUGAAAGCAGCUUGAUAAAUGGAGAGAGAGAGAGCACAAGUACGGACUCGUUGCAAACUACGGCUGCCUGCAAAGGCCAAACGAUCCAUAGCUGUUGCCGGACUAGUUCAGAUGGGAACACGUUCCCAUCUGGAAAAGAAACUUUAGAAAUGAUUGCAAAUGCAGAGGAUAAACAGGUUGAAGAGCACAUUAAACAAGACCAGCAACUGGAAACAAAGGAGACAGAUGAACAAAAAUGUUACAAAAUUGCCAGUGAGCUUUUGCACACAGAAAAAGCCUAUGUCUGCCGACUUGAACUGUUGGACCAGGUAUUCUAUAGUCGUCUGAUGGAUGAAGCUAACAGGGGUUCAUUCCCUGCUGAAGUCGUUAAUAAAAUAUUUUCCAACAUCUCAUCCAUAAAUCAAUUCCACAGCCAAUUUUUGUUGCCAGAGCUUGAGAAAAGAAUGCAGGAAUGGGAUACGAGCCCCAGGAUUGGUGAUAUCCUGCAGAAAUUAGCCCCUUUUCUCAAGAUGUAUGGGGAAUAUGUGAAGAAUUUUGACAAUGCAAUGGAACUGGUGAAAACAUGGACAGAGAGAUCACCUCUUUUCAAAUCCAUUAUUCAAGAUAUCCAGAAACAGAAAGCCUGUGGAAACCUGACCCUGCAGCAUCACAUGCUAGAACCCGUGCAACGCAUUCCCCGAUAUGAGAUGCUCUUGAAGGACUACCUAAGAAAAUUACCUUCAGACUCCCCAGACUGGAAGGAUGCUGAAAAAUCCUUGGAAAUAAUAUCCACAGCAGCAAGCCACUCCAACAGUGCCAUCCGAAAAAUGGAAAAUUUAAAGAAGAUGCUGGAAGUUUAUGAAAUGUUAGGAGAAGAGGAAGAUAUUGUCAAUCCUUCAAAUGAACUCAUAAAAGAAGGACAGAUCCUUAAACUUGCUGCUCGUAAUACGUCUGCUCAAGAAAGAUACCUCUUCUUAUUCAACAACAUUUUGCUGUACUGUGUCCCCAAAUUCAGUUUAGUGGGAUCUAAGUUUGCAGUUCGGACCAGAGUUGGCAUUGAUGGCAUGAAGAUUGUGGAAACUCACAAUGAAGAAUACCCACACACGUUUCAGGUGUCUGGGAAAGAACGAACUUUGGAAUUGCAGGCCAGUUCCGAACAAGAUAAAGAAGAAUGGAUAAAGGCUCUUCAGAGUACCAUAGAUGCUUUUCAGCAGAGGAAUGAAACAUUCAGAAACGCUAUUGCAAAAGAGUAUGAUGACAUGCCUAUUGAAGUUUCUAAUGCUGAGCUUGGGAAGAGAGCACCCAGAUGGAUUCGAGACAACGAAGUGACCAUGUGUAUGAAAUGCAAGGAGCCCUUCAAUGCGCUGACCAGGAGGAGACACCACUGCCGGGCAUGUGGGCAUGUGGUUUGUUGGAAGUGCUCAGAUUACAAAGCUCAUCUUGAGUAUGAUGGUGGUAAACAGAACAAGGUUUGCAAAGAUUGCUACCACAUCAUUACAGGGUGCACAGACAGCGAAGAAAAGAAAAAAAGAGGAAUCUUGGAGAUUGAAUCAGCAGAAGUAUCUGGAAACAGUGUGAUUUGUAGCUUUCUGCAAUACAUGGAAAAAUCAAAGACUUGGCAAAAGGCUUGGUGUGUGAUUCCUAAGCAGGAAGCCCUUGUAUUGUACAUGUACGGUGCACCACAGGAUGUAAAAGCACUGGCUACUAUUCCAUUGCUGGGCUAUAUAGUAGAUGAUACUCCGCGAAGUGCUGACCUCCCUCACAGUUUCAAACUCACCCAGUCCAAGUCUGUGCACAGUUUCGCUGCAGACAAUGAGGAACUGAAGCAGAAGUGGUUGAAAGUCAUACAUUUGGCUGUCAAAGGUGAAACCCCAGGCUGCCCAAAUGAUUUGCGGCUGAGCUUAGGAGAUCAGCACGAAAACUCUGUGAAAUUGGAUUCUGACGCUUGAAACAGCAGAAAGUCUGUAAGGUGUAUAUAUAUUUUUUUCCAAUCAGACUUGGGUUGACACUACUUCUGAAAAUAACAAAAAGAAGCCUCCGGCCUUCUUUACCAAUGUUUCUUAGCACUUUAUGUUGGAAAAGAAAGAAAAAUGCUAAUUAUUUUAUGGAGCCUUUUUCUUAUAUUUAUGUUAUGUCAAUAAAACUAAUGAAUAGUGCCAUUCCACAUUUUCUUAAUCAAAUGAAUGUCUUCUAUCAAAAAGUUACCAGCUUUUACUGUGUAUAACCUCUUUCCCAGAAAAGUGCAUCAUAUGAACAGAGUGUUUUGGGGUGGGAAAUGGUUCCCUUCAUAAUGAUGCCAAUAUUGGUAUAGCUUGGUUACCGUCUAGUACUUUUAGCUGUGUGUUCAAAGGAUAUACCCCUACAUUGCCAAACUACGUGUGCUGUAGAAUUUAAAGGCAGUUCAGUUUCUUGUAUUUAAAUUGAGGCUUUUCUUACACUGACUUGUACAUAUGUUCUGUUUUGUGUUUGAGAAAACGAACAAUACCCAGAGAGAGCAUUGGUGUUCAAAAUUACAAAUAAUCUUUUUUUUUAAAAAAAAAACACAUUCUCCUAAAUUUUUAUCGCACAAUGAAUACAAUAUAUAAGAAUAGCUGUGUAUGCUAUUAGAGAAGAAAAAAAUGUAUUAUACUUCCUUUUGAUUUGACUUCAUGGUACAUUCAUGCUAACCUAUGAUUUAUUUAAAAUAAAGCAUGUAUCCUCUUGUAAACUUCA